AUGCCCUCUACAAGGCAGGCUUCAGUAUUAUUACUUCUCUUUGCUGAUCGGAGAGGAGAUCUUCGGGUCAUUUUGACCAUUCGUGCAAGCACGCUCAAAUCAUAUCCCGGCCAAGCGGCCUUGCCUGGCGGAAAAGCGGAUGGACCAAGUGAGACUCCUUUCCAAACUGCUCGGCGUGAAGCGUACGAGGAGAUUGGCCUACCAAACAUAGACCAGCAGAUGCCGUCACCCUUCUGGGUUGAGCAUCUGUGUGAACUACCGGCCAGCUUGGCCCGGACAGAACUUGCUGUCCGCCCAUGUAUUGCGCUCUUACACUCUUACAACGAAAAGACGGGUGAAGACGCCGAUCCUGAAGAAGCAUUUAUACCCCAACUAGACGCCAAAGAAGUGGCGGCUGUUUUCACUGCCCCGUUCCAUAACUUCUUGAAAGUGACCGAUGAGCCACGGGGAGAGGGAGACGAUGCCCUGCCUGGGAAACCGAGUGAUUGGUACGAGGGAUCAUGGACACAGUGGAACUCAACCCAGUGGAGAAUGUAUUCGUUGCUGACUGGACCAGUGCACCAUUUUUUCGUUGCCAUAACGAAUCAGAGAGUUGCUACACCCAAGAAGCAUAGCAAAGAGCAAGACGAUGCCAUUAACCAGUUAGAAGAGGAGAAAUCGUCGUUGGGUCUUGAGCGCUUUCGAGUGUUCGGCAUGACGGCCCGGAUCCUAGUUGAUGCCGCAAGAGUUGCAUACGACGAGGAGCCGGAGUUCGAACACAACAGCCACCUUGGAGAUGAAGACAUGAUCUCCAGGUUGAGGUCUCUCGGGCGAUUUAGCGAAGUUGUUGAUCGUGAAGAUACCCUAACUCCGGAGAUAUUUGAGAAGGCUGCAAAACUAACAUGA